GUCGUGUUUGUUUCAAUUUGAUAAAUUUUAAUAAUUUCCUCAACCGCAGUAAAAGUUGGAAACCACCGUAACUAACGUUAUCGCAACGCGUAAAAAUACCGCACACACAAAAUGCACUUGACAUUGUACAUUGUAAACCAAACAAACCGCUCGUCGUCAAUUGUUAUCCGCGACUUGAACUAGCGCCAAGCGUUUUUCUUGUUUGUAUGUGUCAGUUGUGUGCGAAACGCCUUCGGGUUCGGACGCGAUCAAAAACCUUCGCUGUCCGAUAACUGGACGUCCUCAAUCGAACCCGUUCGAUCUCGCGCGCAGAUCGAUUGUUCUUUCGCUUCAAUGGCAGCGCGGAUGAUUUGAUGGGAAAAACACACUGGGAAAGCGGAAACAGGUCGUGCGCAGUGCGAAAAUCCGGUAUUGUUCCUGCAGGAUCGUAAAACGCGAUUUUUACGCGAACUAUAAAUAAAUACGAAAGCAAACAUCGCAUCCGGUAACGCGACGCGAAACUAAACGCAGCGAAAUCUAAUAUGUGAAUUGUGAAAACACAUCGCAUGUCAGAGCAGCGAUGAAGCACGCGCCUCUCGAGUCUUCCAGUUCCAUAUAAAUUAAUUUAAAUUAAACAUAAUCAAUCGUGUUGCGUGUGUGUGUGUCUGUAUGGUGAUCGUCGAUUGCAAUUGUUUUCGGCCAAACAGCGGCGCGGAACCUUCCAGAAUGCGCUGACCGUGUUUUCCUAAUUACCGAAAACCGCUGCCUGUAUUCGCACGGUGUAUACUUAACCGUGGUCGGGGAUAUCCUAAUCAAUUAUUUGAUAAAAUACGCGCUUUGGAUGUGUGUAGCAGAUAUAACCUUAAAAAACUGCGUAUGUGUAACGAACGACUCGAGUGGAAACAAAAUCGAGUCGGGGUUUCGAGCGUCCAACGGUUAAUUAAUACAAUUACUUAAUUUACCAACGAGUGAAAGACGCUGUCGGGCACGUUGUGAGUGUAUUUGUGUAAUAAUUAAACGUUUAACAAGUGGGUUAGAUUCUAGCAAAGAUGGCAACAAGUUUUGAUCAUAAUGAUAGAAACAGUUGGUACUUUGGGUCCAUUACCAGAAGGGAUGCAACAGAUAUUUUGCAAGCAGAGAAGGAGAGUGGUGUCUUCCUUAUUAGAGACAGUGCUACAAGUGUAGGAGAUUAUGUAUUAUGUGUAAAAGAAGAUAGUAAAGUUAGUCAUUACAUUAUAAAUAAAACGCACCACACAGAGGAUGUCUGCUAUCGAAUCGGUGAUCAAGCCUUUACCGAUCUGCCGAAUUUACUGGCGUUCUACAAACUUCAUUAUCUGGAUACGGUGCCAUUAAUUCGGCCAGCCAAGAAAAAGGUCGAAAGAGUGAUCGCGAGGUACGAUUUUGAUGGACAAGAUCAAGAUGAUUUGCGUUUUAAGAAGGGUGACAUCCUGACUAUAAUCUCCAAAGAUGAGGAGCAAUGGUGGACGGCAGUCAACGGAAACGGGGAGAAAGGAUCGAUUCCUGUACCUUAUGUUCAAAAACUGGAAGACGGACAAAUAAUGAUGGAUCUUCCACGGCCGGGUUCUGGUGGACCAAUUGCACAAGCCAUGCCACCGCCACACAACAAUGAUGCCGCUAAUAAAAAAUAUCAAAUUCAGCAUAAAUAUCAACGACAAUUACCUGCGCGAGCACGCGUAAAACAAGCGCGCGUACCAAAUGCAUACGAUGAAACCGCACUGAAGCUCGAACUAGGCGAUAUCAUCCUCGUACACAAAACCAACAUCAACGGCCAAUGGGAAGGCGAGGUGAACGGCAAGACCGGCCAUUUUCCUUUCACGCACGUCGAGUUCCUAGACGACGAGCCGGCGCCCAACGACGCGUAGGCAAACAACCGCGGACUGAAACAUCGCAACAACGAAUCAACACCACACUCGUAAUUAAUACGAAAAUAUUAAUUAAUUGUAACGAACAAUGUUCUAAAAGUAUAAUAAGCUAAACGAAACCUAGUCUCCAAUCACACAAACACAUACACCCACAUAUUUUGUGUGAAACAGAUGAAAUUGAUCAAACAUGGCAGCUAUAAUCAAAGAUAAUGCCAAUAAUCAAAGAAAUUCAAACAAGUUUCCUCUCGUAACUCUUAAAUAACGAAUCUAAAACGAAUUGAUUAGCGACUUUGCUGUUUAUCCCAAUGUAUGUGCGGGAAAUUGUACUAAGAGGGUGGCGAAUGAUGUAAAAUGUUGUGUUUAUUUGAUCUGCAUCUACAAUGUAUAAAAAGAAAUGUAAUUAUGUUGUGAGACACUA